AUCUGCGACCUGAGCGACACGCAGCUGACCGUAUCUUUAACGUGCUCAUCUCCAACAUUCGUUCCUCGGUCUCCAUUGCUUAGAUUCUUUCUUUGGAUUCAUUUUUAGGGUAUAAAUGUUUGAGUGAUGACCUGGACAGCAGAUAUUCGAUCUUCCCCGUCCAAUUCUGACCUAUCUCCGUUCUUCGGCGGACUGCGCACAUGGCUCACGAUGGCCUCGAGAAACUACCCCCCUCGCCAGAUACUGUGUGCGGCCCAGCAUCGGAGGAAAGACUGACAAAAGAGAAAGAGCACCAUGAUACUAUCGACUGUCGAUCCAUGCAUUCUGAUCACUCGGGCCAGUCGACCGUCGACGACCAGCAAGACAUUGAAAUUGCCCAAGAUGUGUUGGCAAGGACUAUAACUCCCAAACGACCCAUUGUCAAAGUGCCACGGUCGGAGAGACGAGGUCUGUUUGCUCGCGUCUGUGUCAUGGCCGAAGUUACAGAACCCACCGACUAUAAUAAUAGCGUAAAGUGGUGUAUCACGGCCAUCGUGGCCAUUGCUGCUGCCGCCGCCCCGGUGGGCAGUGCCAUCAUCCUGCCGACCCUGGAUGAAGUGGCUAAAUCCCUUCACUCGAAUGCGACCACCACCAACCUAUCAGUGGCGUUGUAUAUGUUGAGCAUGGCCAUUUUCCCGCUCUGGUGGUCGGCCUUUUCAGAAACGGCUGGGCGCCGCACCGUCUAUAUCACCUCAUUUGCCUUGUUCAUCUUGUUCUCCGUCUUGAGCGCCGUCUCUCAUUCGAUAUCCAUGCUGAUCGUCAUGCGACUGUUGUCCGGAGGGGCUUCGGCGUCCGUGCAAGCCGUGGGUGCCGGAACCAUCGCCGACAUCUGGGAAUCAUGGGAGAGGGGCAGAGCAAUGGGUCUCUUCUACCUGGGGCCUCUUUGCGGGCCGCUACUGGCACCUAUUGUGGGUGGUAUUCUCGGCCAAGUCUGGGACUGGCGGGCGACUCAAUGGGCCCUCGCAAUAUACGGAGUCUUGACGUGGGUGUUGAUUUUCUUUGGUCUGCCUGAGACCUUGAAGGUCCGAAAAGAUGUGGCUGAGGAAGCCCUGGCGGACACGGCAUCGUCGAUCGACAACGGCAGCCAUCGACCUCCGUUGAGUCGAACUUCGACCCGAGAAGUGAUACAGAAGAAGUCGAAGAAGUACCUAAAGGUUGCACGGAUGUUGUUGUUGGACCCACUGAGCGUCAUCCUGUACCUCCGGUUCAUGCCUGUCUUGCUGACGGUGUAUUACUCGGCGGUUACUUUCGGCUCCCUCUACGUACUCAACAUCAGUAUCCAGUAUUCUUUUGAAAGGAAGCCCUAUGACUUUUCGACCAUCAUCAUCGGCCUGCUCUAUCUGCCCAACUCCUUCGGGUAUAUUCUUGCCAGUGUACUUGGCGGUCGCUGGAUGGAUUAUAUCAUGAGGCGCGAGGCGAUCAAGGCAAAUCGAGUGGACCAGAACGGAAAAUUAAUCUUUCGACCAGAAGACCGCAUGCGUGAAAACGCGUGGCUGGGUGCGUUAGUCUAUCCUUGUGCAUUGAUAUGGUACGGGUGGACCGUUGAGGAAGGCGUCCUGUGGGUAGCACCGGUAAGUCAACCUGAAAUGGCAACACAUGGGGGAAGUUUUGUGAUAUGCAAGGUACCAAAGUUGACACGUGUGGUACAGAUAAUUGCGAAUUUCUUCUACGGCCUGGGUUCCAUGAUCAUCUUCGCCAUGUCAACCACCAUGCUGACUGAGUUCAUGCCACGUCGAUCCUCCUCUGGUGUCGCUCUGAAUAACUUUUGCCGGAACAUUCUAUCGUGUGUUGGCGCCAUUGUAGGCGCUCCCCUCAUUGCGGCGAUCGGCAAUGGCUGGCUGUUUACCAUCCUGGGGCUUUGGGCACUCUCUAGCGCGUCAGUCAUCUGGGCCAUGAAACGAUAUGGUGAGAACUGGCGAGAAAAAAUGGAUCGACAGCUAAGAUAAAAAUAAAUAGCAUGCGAACAAAAGGAUAGAAUAAUAGACCAAAAGACCCCCCA